AUGUCUGUCUCGACCCCGCGGGUUGUCGCGAAGGAGGACUACACCGUGGGAUGGGUUUGCGCGAUCCCGGUAGAGAUGGCCGCCGCAAGAGGCAUGCUUGACGAAACCCACGCCAGGCUUCCCGAGCAAGACCCGGCCGACCACAAUGCCUACACGCUGGGCCAAAUUCAAAGCCACAAUGUGGUGAUCGCCUGCCUCCCUUCGGGAAUGACGGGUACCACAUCUGCCGCUACCGUCGCCAAGGAUAUGCUGCGAACUUUCAAGUCGAUUCGGUUUGGCCUCAUGGUUGGGAUUGGAGGUGGUGCUCCAUCCUCAGAGCAUGAUAUCCGGUUGGGCGACAUCGUGGUUAGCCGGCCAUCUGGAACUAGCGGCGGGGUCAUACAAUAUGACAGAGGCAAAGCCUUGCAAGGUGAAUUCCUGAGGACUGGGUCGCUCAAUGCGCCGCCAAAGGUCUUGCUGGCCGCGCUCGCCAAUCUCCAAGCCGAUCACAUAGUCGGAGAAACUCGGAUCCCCGAGUUUUUGUCGAAUCUCGCUAAUAAGAACGCGAGGACAAGAAAGACAUUCAACUAUCCCGACGGAUCGGAUGAUUGCCUAUUCAUGGCAGAUUAUCAGCAUGAAGCUGAGACAGCCUCCACGUGUUACCAGUGCGACCGUUCGCGAUUGGUUCAGCGGGCAGUCAGAGAUGAUCAGGAUCCCCAGGUCCACUACGGAAACAUUGCCUCAGGUAAUCAGGUCAUCAAGGAUGGGAUGGUGCGAAAGCGGUUGCAGCAGGAACAUGACGUUCUUUGCUUUGAGAUGGAGGCCGCAGGACUAAUGACGGGCUUCCCAUGCAUCGUCAUUCGUGGCAUCAGCGACUACGCAGAUUCUCAUAAGAACGAUGCAUGGCAAGGAUAUGCCGCUGCAACGGCUGCGGCCUUUGCGAAAGAGCUUCUGUUGGUCAUAUCACCAGCUCAGGUUGAGAAGGAGAAAUCCGUUCCUCAACUAGUCUCAGCGACCAGCUUCCUGGGUGGGGACAGCGACCAGCUGGAUAGCGAGCAGCUGGGUAACGAGCAGCUGGAUGCCAAGGUAACGAAUUCUGAAGGUCUCAAUAAGCACAACAGUGAAGCGGACAAAACUGUCAUCCUGGAUGGGGAUAGCGAGCAGCCGGAUACCAAGGCAACGCAUUCUGAAGCUAUCAACAAGCAAGACAGUGAAGCGGAUAUGACCGUCAUGCUGGGUGGGGAUAGCGAGCAGCCGGAUACCAAGGUGAUGAGAACCUGCACACACACGCAGCAGCAGCAAUCGCCCGCCAUGGAGAGCCUCCAGCUGGCGCAGAUGCUCGCCGACCUGAGCAGCCUCAACGCAGCGGAACCCAACGCAGCAGCAGCCCUCGUGACGGCGAACAAGGCCAUCGAGACGGUCGAGAAGAGCACCGGCAUCACACCGACACCCAGACGACCGACCGACGAGCUCCGCCGCGUCCACAGCUCGCAGACGGGCUCCCGACCGGGCACCGGCACCGCGACGCCCGCCCGCGUCGACAAGUUCGGCCGGCGCAUCAUGAUGAGCCCGCCCGUCCUCUCGCGCUCCAACUCGGCCCAGGGCUCCGUCCCCGGCACGCCCAAGGGGGUUUCUGACGUACGUGCACAAUUUCACCACCAACACCACCACUACCCCCAACACCACCUCGAAGUACCCGGAGGACAGACGAGAGCUCACCAGCAGCUCCCGGAACAGGGCGAGGACGACCUCGACAGGGCCUCGACGCUCAUGGCGCUCUACGAGAUCCGGGCCAAGCUCAAGCAGCAGGACAACAGCAGCUUGAUGAAGGCGAGGGAGAAGAUUGCCGACCUGGCGCAGAAGCAGCAGCAGCAGCAGCAACAGCAACAAGGCGGCUCUGGGAAGAAGGAGCCGGAGAAGAUCACCUCCCGGUUCACGUUCCCCAAGUAG